AUGAAUUUCAGUCAAAGUGGGAUCUCUGGAAGUACACAGUUCUGUUAUGAAUCUACACCUGGGUCAUGUCCUAAAAUCACCUUUCCAAUCAUUGCCCGUGUUCCACUAUACUUGUUCCUGGGGGCAGUGAUCACAGUCACACUUUGUGGAAACCUGUUGGUCAUCAUCUCUAUAGCACAUUUCAAGCAGCUUCACACACCCACACAUUUUCUUCUCCUCUCUCUGGCAGCUGCUGACUUUCUCGUGGGAGGAUUUGUAAUGCCCCCCAGCAUGAUCCGAUCAGUUGAAAAUUGCUGGUACUUUGGGGACUUAUUUUGCAAAGUCCAUACCAGUACAGAUAUCACACUUUGCAUAGCUUCCCUAUGGCAUAUGUUCUUCGUUUCCAUUGACCGCUACUAUGCAGUGUGCCAUCCUCUUAGAUACAGAAACAAAAUUACUAUAUUUGUUACAGUUAACAUGAUAUUUAUUAGCUGGACCUUAGCUGCAGUUAGUGGAUUUGGAUUAAUAUUUCUAGAAUUAAACAAACAAGCAUCAGCCUUUAUUACAACUUUAUUAUUUUUUUACAUCCCAGGAUUUCUUAUGAUAUGUAUCUAUCUUAAAAUAUCUCUUGUGGCAAGAAGACAGGCCAGGUCAAUUAGAGACACAGAACUCCAAAGAGGAAAGUUCAGCAGCAGCGAGCACCUCAGGGAGGCAUCCUUUAGUAAAGCAGUUGAUCCUGAAGAGUUCCAGUCUGUUGAUGAGCAAAUGACUUCCUUCAUGGGCCACCUGUCCAUCAAGUACUACAUUCCCAAGAAACCCAAGCCCUGGGGUUUGAAGGUGUGGUGGGACAGUGGCUGCUUCGAGAAGGAUUGA